AUGUGCUUCAUUGACUAUAACAAAGCUUUUGACUGUGUACAAUGGAGGAAACUAUGGAUUGUUAUGCAAGAAAUGGGAGUCCCUGAACAUAUCAUCCAUUUAAUCACGAAACUGUACACUGGAUCGAAGGCAGUAAUCAGAGCACAAGAUGCAGUAUCAGAUCAAUUCCAACCUACCAAGGGUGUUCGACAAGGGUGCAUUCUGUCACCUAUUUUCUUUAAUAUCUAUAGUGAAGCAGUAUUGAGAGAGGCACUCCAGGAAUGGAAUGGUGGAGUGGGUAUUAGAGGUAGAAAGAUAAAAAAUUUACGGUUCGCGGAUGACACCACGUUAUGUACCAAGUCUGAACCGGAGAUGAACCAACUAAUAAAGCGUGUUGAAGAAGCAAGCAACAAGUAUGGACUGACAAUCAACAGGAACAAGACAAAGGUUAUGGUUAUAGAUCGAGCAGGAGUAUUACUACACACCAAUGUAUUGAACGGCUACCAAAAAGUGAGUGAGUUUAUAUAUUUAGGUUCAAUUGUACAAGCAGAUGGUGGAUCAUCCAGAAUGAUAAGGCGUCGCCUUACACUUGGGAGAGAAGCAGUUAGCAGGCUAUUACCAAUUUGGAAAGAUAAUCAUAUCUCCAGGAAUAGCAAGUUGCGACUACUUAAGGCACUUACCUUCUCAGUGAUGCUCUAUGGGUCCGAAACAUGGACACUUAAAGUAGAAGAUGUAAAGCGCAUAAACGCCUUUGAGAUGUGA